AUGGCGAGUGCCAUUAAUUCGAAGAAGAGAAAUCUUACAGGAAAAUUACUUGAACAAGCACUUGAACAGUGGUUAGAAGAAGAUAAUGAGCACGAGUAUAGUGAUGUAGACGACGAAGUAGCUGAUCAAAAUUUUACAAUUGAAGAAGAAGAACAUGUUGAGAGUGAGAUUUCAGAAGUCGACGAAAUAGAAAUUGAAACAUCGAGUGAAGGGACAAAUCGUUAUACUAAUACGCCUGACUCGAACCGCAAUUGUUAUCGAGGUAAAAAUGGUUUUGUUUGGUCAGUUACUGACUUUUUAAGGACAUCAUGA